CUGAGAGCACUUCCGGUAGCGUUUCCUGUGUUUGUAAACUGGGGAAAAAAAAUUGGGAGUCCGAGGAGAGAAAUCGCGCAGAAAGAGAAGAGAAGGCUUGCGCCCCUGAUGAUUGUGGCUUGUGUGGUAUCUGUUCAUUCUCUCUACCCAGUGUGAAGCUCUCUGUCCCCCAACACACGCACACACUCUCAUCCCUGCGAUGUCACAACUUUCCAGCAACUCAGUCCGAGAGCACAUGAAAUGGGCUGGGUUGCUGGGCUGUGAGGCAGUGCUCUCCAGUAUGGCUUUGAUGCAGGCCAGUUCCACACCCAGCCAUAAAAAGAUGGCCACUCCAUUGGGCCAGGGUCAGAGAGACAACCACAGCCACAGCCACGGGCAUAACCACAACCACAACCAGAACCAAAACCACAACCAGAACCACAGCCAGGAUGCCCAUAGUCACCACAGCCACAUGGUCCUGCCCUCUGGAGUCAGCUGCCCACCAAUGCUCAUUAAUAAGGAUGGAGAGUUCCACUCUUCCAGGCUGCUGGAGGAGAAGGACAUGCAGUCCAGCCAGAACCUGCAGCCAAAGAAGAAGAACAGAAAGACAGGAACGCCUACCAAAGUGAGAGAAAAAGCACAGGUGGAGAUGCCCGAUCCCAGCGAUGACAGCUCCCUCAACUCCCAAGUCCAAAAGAACUUCAUCUGUGAGCACUGCUAUGGAGCAUUCCGGAGUAGUUACCACCUGAAACGGCACAUUCUCACCCAUACAGGAGAGAAGCCUUUUGGGUGUGAUAUGUGCGACAUGCGGUUUAUUCAGCGCUAUCACCUGGAGAGACACAAGCGUGUACACAGUGGAGAGAAGCCUUAUCAGUGUGACCGCUGUCAGCAGAACUUCUCUAGGACGGACCGGUUGUUGCGGCACCGGCGGCUGUGUGCUGUAGGCAUUGCUAAGGAGGAGAACCAGUCGUGCUGUGAGGGCCGCUCUUACUCACAGGACCCCCCUCAGCACACAGCAUCCUGGAGCCCCCUACAGGCCAACAGCAGCAACAGCAGGCUGGCUGUGUGAAGCUCUGUGCUCUGAUGGAAGCCUCUGGUCAGCCAGCUCAGUCGGAGAGGAGUGGACUCAAUGCAGCCACCUGGGGGCGCUCUACUGUGCCAGACUGAUCCCAGAGUUUCUGGCAAAGACUCCAUCUCCAGCCCCGCUCCAACCAGGUCAAUAUUCAGCCACAGACGGUGGAAGUGUUUUUUUGUAUUGUUUUGACUUGGGCGGAGGGGGAUCUUUUUGUAUUGUUCUUUUUAAAGUAGAUGGUACUGACCCUGGAAGGGUUGGAGUAGUUUGUUAUACUGCACAGGCAAUAAUGAGUUCAGUUAGCAAGUAGAGGAUCAGUGAGAUGGGGUUAUUACUACUACAUCCUUUGAUAGUUCAAGUGACAGGAUAGAGAAUGAUUGACACACAUAACACAGCCAGUUAAAUGUGUUGAAUUGCAUUUGGGAUGUCACAAGAAUAAUAUCUUUGAACAGGUUCGGGGGCUUCAGCCAUCGUCACAUGUGGCCUUGAAAUUGUCAGAACUAAAACUUGCUCCAACCUUUUGUGGCACAUGUCUGCAGCAAGAUAACCAGUAGUGCAAGGAGGUGCUAACCAGUGUAAAACUAACUAAUACAACAGCUGAAGGGUUGUUAUCCAUUCUGAUCAUUUGAAUUUUUCCAAACCAGUGCAAACAGAUUUGGACAACCUGGCCCUUAAAGAUGUGGUUCAGUGAAAAUUCAAAUUUACACAGUUUUCCACUGUGGCGUCCAAGUUUUGCUGCAUUAGUUUAGCUCUGUGGCUGUGUUGCUAGCAAACACUAGAAGUCAGUAGUCACCCAAAUCUUUUCCGUAAAUACAUCCCCAGAGCAUGUCUCAACCCUCUCAAACCUCAUUGAGAUUUUCAUUAAGGUUGCGCACGUGACUUGCUGUAAAUUAUAAAUAUGAGGUUGAAGUUUUACGUUGUCCUAAACUACUUUAACAAUCUGCACAGCCUUAAUGAAGACCUAGAUGCAGUUUGAGCGAGUUAGAAGUUUUAGGGAUGUAAUUACGGAAAAAGAUUUGGGUGAUUAAUGACUUCUGGUGUUUAGCAGUGUUAGCCCCGUAGCUCCAGCGCUAAACUAAAGAAGGAAAAUUUGGACACUAAACAUGUCUCGUCUGACAUGGUAAGUGGAAAUUGGUGUCCAUUAGAUUUUCAGUCAACCAUUCCUUUUAACAGUGUAAGUGGCAAGAGUUUUGCAUCCAGCUACAAGAGUACGAGACUGCAUGGACAGAUGUGAUCUGGAAAUGAGAACACAUGUCUGGGGACAACUGUCAAACUUUUGGAGCUAGGGGACAGCCCCUCUAAAACCUGCCCCCAAAUUCCUCUAGUCACUGCUCAUUUAACGUCAAGUAUAAGCAAUAAUACCAGCAAAACAAACUAGCUAGAGAAACUGUUUAUUUUUACAGCAUGUAAUGUGUUUGCCAUGCACUCGUCUACAUGCAUAAUUGGAGUUUUUGAGGGGAUUUUUCAGCCAUGCUUAUGUUGACGUCCAUGGAAUAACGACAGGCUUGUUUGUCAAAUAGUGCUGACGAGCCCACCUACUUUGACCUCCACCUUUACGAGGAGUUGGAUUAGUUUACAAAUUUCGCACUCUGUUUGUUCGCACCAUAAUAAGCCUAUAUUUCCAUCCACAUUUAGCCCAAGAUUUCUCAUGGCUGUCCCCGGACGUUCUCGUUACAAGAUCCUGUCUGGUCCAGCGAAUGAUGAAUCAGUUAUGAUCAACACUUUUGUAGCCCUAGCAGUUUGAAAGCCACUGAUUCAUACAAAUGCUAUCAGAUGAGAAGCAAACAAAAAGUCAGAUUGCAAUAAUGCUUAUGUUGUUUGAGGGACUUUUCUACCUUCUAGGGUACAUCUAGGAAAUUAAUACAUACUGGUGCAGGUCAUACAUUCAUUGAAAAGGUCAUGAAAGGCAUUUGUGUUUAUCCUUUGCAAUUUUUAUGUGCUUAUGAACUGUUCGUUUAUGGAUACUACUUGUCUUAUAAACAAGUCAGAUCCAGGUUGGAAAUGGAUCAUUCAGUGACUGGAUCAGUUUUUACUAGGUCUUGUAUUUCUGACAGUGCGUCUUAAGAACUGUAAUUGGACUCAAAAACACUGGAUCGAUUUGGGCCAAACAGUAUGUGCUUUUAACACUUAGUCAUAGUCAUUUUUUAUAUCUGAACCUAUUACAGACUUUGAGAACACAGACUACAUGCAGUUUUCAUCUGCUGAAUUAUUAAGUUAAUAUAUUUUUUUAUUUUUGCAUUUUCCAAGACAUUUUCUGUAGUUAUAGUUUUUAGGCUGCUGCAGGUGUUUAAACUGGUAGUCUCGAUAGUCCUGCCCCCUUUUGUAAUAAGUAGGUUUGCAUGAAGUUCAGUUCCUCAAAAUGUAUACUGUAUUGUGAUUGUUAAAAGAGAGAAGAAAGUAUUUUUUGGAACCAUUACUAUUAUUUUUUUGGUUUGUAUUUUUUAUCAUGCUCAAACAUGCACACUAAACUUUCUUACCCAGCUAGACAUGUAGUGAAUGGAGAUAUAGGGCCUCAAACACCAAUAAAUUGAUUUC